AUGAGCUCUCAAAACUCCGUCAAGGUCGUUGUCGACAGAGACAGUGUCUCGAAAUUUGCUUCAUGCCAAUCUGCAACAUUGAACCACUUGAACAAGUAUGACAAGUUGCGGGACGCAGCGGGCUACGUUUUAUCGUACUCUGCAGUGUCCAGCACCCUGUCCGCAGUGCUAACAGUGCUUUAUCGCGCCAAGCUGGCUACGGUGGACUCGCCCAAGGCUCCUCAGCUGGUGAGGGGCACGUAUCAUGCGGGAGUAUCGGCUUUAAGACGUCUGGAUGAGCUUUUCAAUGUGCUCGUGCUGCGCGAGGGCUUGGACGAGUUCAUGGCGCAGUACAGGACCCACAGUGGCAAGCCCGGCUUCUGGGUGCUACUGUACGUGGUGGACUACAUCGCCAAUGUGUCGAACCUUGUUCUCAAGCAACUCGUUGUCAAGCCUCUCAAGCUACGCCAGAGGACCUCGGGUCCUGCGGAGCUCGCCCACGAAAUGGAGACAAACGGCGUGUCUGGCGCCGGGCACACCGAGCCAGAGAACUUGCCACACAUCAAGGAGCUCGCGGGCACCACACGUUCCCUGAGCCACGAGCUCCAAUCGAAACUGAACUCGGACUACAUCGAGCCUGCAAGAACCAAGUUGCAGCAGGAGUACAUCGAACCCACCAAGGACAAGAUCAAUGGCACACGUGAGUUCAUGACCGAAAAAUACGGCGAGUUCAUCAAGCCAAAGUACAAUGCCGCCUACCAGACUGUAUCAGAAAAGUACGAGGGCAACCUCAACAAGUCCGAGAGCGUUCCUCGUGCUAUCGUGUCCACUGGCGUGGACUUGGGCAACAUGACUUUGGGGAAGCUCAAGAACGGCGUUGCAACUGGUGUUGACAAGAUAGAGCCUAAGGCCAGGGAGGUUGCUCAAGAGAUCAACGACACCGCCGCGUCUGUUGCCGAAAGUACCGAGAGCCUCGCCAAAUAA